UGCGCUGGAAACACCUCGCCAAACGCCUUGUCCACAUCAGAGCGCAGCGAGCUGUUCCUGCCGCACACGAUGCGAUGAGUGCAGCCCGUAACUCCCGUCAUGGGGGGGUACACGUUACUGUUACACACAGCCCGCUGCCCUGCGAACUCGUGAGGUAAGACCUCGGCGUUGCACCUGCCCCUUCGCGGCCUUGUGCAUGGUUCCUGUCCGGGGUCUGUUGGCUAAAGUCAGCCAACAGAACACAGCAGAGGCGGGUCUGCGAGGAUAUUUUCAGCGUAGUCAGCCAGCUAAGCUACCAGUACCAAGGCUUAGGCAGAUAUCAAGGACACAGUUGUGGAAGACCAUGACAUUGCUUGGGUUUCUCUGUGAUGUCCGUCAGUCUUUGGAUGCAAUUUGAAAUUUAAGCGUACUGAGGACGAUGAAUCUACACCAAGUGCUCACUGGGGCUGUCAACCCCGGGGACAAUUGUUUCUCUGUGGGGAGCAUAAACAACGUACCUUUCACGGCCUAUGCAUCUGGUUGUGACAUUGUAAUCUUGGGGAGUGACUUUGAGAGGCUUCAGAUCAUCCCAGGUGCCAAACAUGGGAACAUCCAAGUGGGCUGCGUGGACUGCUCUCAGCAAGGGGGCCAGAUAGCUGCAUCCUAUGGAAACAUUAUUUGCAUAUUUGAGCCUAUGCAGAUCAGCCCAAAGGAAAAAAUACAAACGAAGCUGAAUUACCAUUGGCAAAAAACUGGUCAGUUCGUUUUGGAGUCUAUAGCACACAACCUUGCUUGGAAUCCCACAGGUACUAGUCUCUUGACUGGCUCAGGUUGCUUACAGUUAUGGUCCAAUGUGAAUUUCUGCUUUAGUGCUGAGGGGGAGACGAGUAGCGAUCCUCCGUGUUCAUGGAGGUGUAUAUGGCAGUGCAAGACUGCUUCACCUAUUCAGCUAAUGAAGUUUUCUCCAGGCGGAGAAUUUUUUGCCACUGCAGGGCAGGAUGACUGUUUGGUGAAGGUGUGGUACAGCACAAGCAAGUGGCAGUCAGAUGCUGUGAAGCUUUUCUCUCCCCCUGAGCUUGGCUCUCAAGGGGAGAUGGACUUCUCCUUCAUCUAUUUGGCUCACCCCCGUGCCGUCACUGGCUUCUCCUGGAGGAAGACCAGCAAAUACAUGCCCAGGGGUGCCGUGUGUAACGUGUUACUGACCUGCUGCAAGGACAGUGUGUGUCGGCUAUGGGCAGAGACCCUGCUGCCUAGCGACUGUCUGCUGUCUGGACUAAGGCACAAUCACAGCAGCAGCAACAACAGCGAUGCACUGAAGUCCAACAACAUGAAGAAGGCCUUUUGUAAUAACAAAGGCCAGAGUGGAACACCACUAGAGCUGAACUUGACUGAAUCGUGGCGAGGGCCGAUCAGGUGCGCGGCCCAGCUUUCUCACACAGGGCUGCUACCUCAUCAGCAGAACAAGCAUUACACCCACAGGGCCAUCACCCCUCAUGCCAAUGCUCUGUGCCACUUCCACAUUGCUGCUAGCAUCAACCCGGCGACAGAUAUCCCGUUGCUGCCCUCCAUCUCGUCACUGAGUGGAUCAGAUGAGGAGGAGCCUGGUGGACCUUUUACUGUCCAUUGGCUCAAUAACAAAGAGUUGCACCUCACUCUCACCAUGGAGGUGUUUCUUCAGCAGAUCAGGAGCAGUUUGGAGCAGCAGAACCAACCACAGGCCAGCCAGGCUGACGAAGACUUUGAUGAGGAAGGCAAUGCUGUAAGCCCUGAAGACAAAAAAGGAGAGGUGAACAUUGAUGCAGCCUCCAUCCCUCUUCCCAAAGCUGCGGUGGAACAUCAGGUGGAUGUGUUGCUGGGUGACUGGAACAGGGGAGCAGACAUGCUCUUCAGCAUCCACCCAAUGGAUGGCUCUCUGCUGGUGUGGCAUGUAGACUGGCUGGAUGAGUAUCAGCCCGGAAUGUUUCGUCAGGCACAGGUGUCUUUCGUAUCCCGAAUACCAGUUGCCUUCCCCACUGGUGAUGCCAACUCGCUUAGCCGUAGUGUGGUGAUGUACGCCUGCAACAAAAAUGUGGACCUGGCCAUCCAACACGGCCGCCAGCGGCCCGCGGGCUUGCCCCGCUCCUCCUCAGUCUUGAUUGGACUAGGCCAGAGCAAGCCAUGCUCCAACAGCCUCCGCCUGAGCAUUUUCACCCCUAACGUGCUGAUGAUCUCAAAGCAUGCAGACGGUUCCCUCAAUCAGUGGGCAGUCAGCUUCGCUGAAGGCUCAGCAUUCUCGACUGUGCUAAGUGUUUCACACAAGUCCCGCUACUGCGGCCACCGCUUUCACCUCAACGACCUAGCCUGCCACUCACUACUGCCCUUGCUACUCACCACCUCGCACCACAAUGCCCUACGCACCCCUGAGGUGGAAAACAUCCUGGCCCAGUCCUUACCUGGCCCCGCCUCCUCGGGCCGGAAGACCCGUGCAACCCUAAGCGCUGUGUCCCAGGAUCCAAAUGCGAUCUAUAGUGAGCUCAUUCUGUGGAGGGUUGACCCAGUCGGUCCUCUCUCCUUCUCAGGGGGCGUGUCUGAGCUUGCCAGGAUCAACUCCCUUCAUGCCUCGGCCUUCUCCAACGUGGCCUGGCUCCCAACCCUCAUCCCCAGCAAUUGUCUUGGUGUAUAUGGCAAUUCGCCAAGUGCCUGCUUUGUCGCAAGUGAUGGCCACUUCCUGAGACUGUAUCAGGCAGUUAUUGAAGCCAAGAAACUGCUGAGUGAACUUUCCAAUCCUGAAAUAUCAAAAUAUGUUGGGGAAGUGUUCAACAUCAUAAGUCAACAGUCUACUGCAAGGCCAGGUUGCAUCAUCGAGCUCGAUGCCAUUACAGACUUUCAGGGAAAGGAGAUCCAACUGUUACAUGUAUUUGAGGAAGACCUGAUCUUGGGAAAUGAGAAAAAUGAUGAGUGUUCACAGGAGCUCCCGCCUGCCGAGACUGUCUCUAGCCCGGUACUCUUCUCGGCACGUUUCUUUCUGGUGGUGAUUGAGUUUACCCAGAGCAGAAGAUCGCUCCUGCAUAUGUGGCAUCUGCAGCUGGCAGCGGUUCCUGUUGCUAUUGAGGAGACCUCAACCCCUGUUGAUAAAGACACAUCAGCUUCGUCAGCCAUCAACAACUUCAACUUUGAGUCUUUCAGCUCUCCAUCAUCCCAGAGAUCUAAGUUGAGCAGGUCCAACCUGCGAAGUGCAUGUCGCCUCACUCUGACCAAUGAGAGGGUUUUUAGUCAGGAGCUGAGCCUUCCAGAGGGAGUUGAAGUUAUACGCGUAACUCCAGCAGCAGGCCACUUGAGCUCAUCAUCCUUGCAGCCAGCUGGACGAGCUCCGUAUCUUCUUGCCACGUCAUGUUCUGAUGGGACUGUGAGGUUUUGGAGUUGUAGCACAGCCUCUGACAAUGAUGCUUCUGAUGAAAUUGCACCUACCUACUUCUGGGAAGAAUGGCCUUUACUGGUGGAAGAAGGUCUAGCUAAUACCAGUGCAGUGAGCGUUCCUGGAUGGCCAGUGGGCGUCAGCUGCUGCCACACUAGCCGAGUGGCUGUGGCCUAUAAGGAUUUGAAACCUCAGGGACUUGCUAAGGAGCCCCUUAUUCAUGUGAGUUUAUUCCAGUGCGAGUCCACGGGGGGGUCCCAGUGGAUGCUGGAGCAGACUCUUAAAGUGGAUAGUUGGGGAAGUAUUCCUAACAAUGCCUCUGAUAAACACCUGAUUGUGCCAAACUUCCAGGAUGGUUUGGUGGGGCAUAAGGACUGUUUAGGCACCAGUGGUAAAAGUCUUGUUCACCUAGAUUGGGUUUCUAGAGAGGAUGGUUCUCACAUUUUGACUGUAGGUCUUGGAUCUAAGCUGUACAUGUACGGGCCACUUCUGGGUAAACCUCCGGAGCUGGGCCUGUCGGACAGCACCAGGGAGUGCUGUUCCUCCCGGCUUGUUCUGUUACGUGUAGUGGACUUGGUCUCCUCUGUAGAGGGCUCCUUACCCAUUCCAGUGUCCCUGUCCUGGGUUAGAGAUGGUAUUCUGGUAGUGGGCAUGGACUGUGAGAUGCAUGUCUACUCCCAGUGGCAGCCACCAGCUCCAGCCAAAUCAGCACUGACCACAUGUGAUACAAAUGUUGGCAGUGUUAGCUCACUUAUAGCAGCAGUGAGGCAAGAGGCGGUAAGUCUUCAGCCUCCUAAAAAGACUCUCACCAGGUCUAUGACCAGUCUAGCACAGAAACUUAGUGGUAAAAGGACAAUGUAUGACCUUCCAGCUGAAAUGGAGGACUACGGCUUAUUUGAGACUGCACACCACCUGUUCCCCACCCUUCCUCAGUAUCAUCCAGUGCAGCUUUUAGAGCUGAUGGACCUGGGAAUGGUGCGACGAGCCAAAGCCAUCCUGUCUCAUCUGGUCAAAUGCAUAGCUGGAGAGAUAGUGGCUCUGAAGGACACCUCCAUCAACCAGGAGCGGCGUUUACGAUCCCUCACAAUCAGUGCAAGCGGCAGCACUGCCAGGGAUCCCAGAAUGUUUAACAAGGCAGAGAAUCCAGACUACACGGAGAUUGACUCCAUCCCACCUCUGCCUCUGUAUGCUCUGCUUGCUGCGGAUGAAGAGACAACCCCCAAAGCCAAAGACAAAGCGGCCAGCAUCAGUGGAGACAGUGGCCACAGCUCCAGUCGGACAGACACCUACGACGAACUUUUCCAAGCCACCACCAUAAGCAUGGAUGAUGUGGAUCCUUUAGAUGGUGAGGAAGAUGAUUCUAAUGCCAAAGUCAUCGAUCUGUCUCAGUAUAGUCCAACUUUCUUUGGCCCAGAGCAUGCUCAGGUUCUGUCCAGCCACCUGCUUCACUCCAGCCUGCCAGGCCUGACACGAAUGGAGCAGAUGUCCCUCAUGGCCUUGGCUGACACUAUCGCCUCUACCAGCACAGACAUCGGGGAAAGUCAAGGGAAAAGUCAAGGUGGAGAAACGCUGGAUGAGUGCGGUUUAAAAUUCUUGCUGGCUGUUCGUUUGCAUACCUUCCUGCUGACCUCGUUACCUCCAGCGCAUCGUGCACAGCUCCUGUGUCAAGGAUUGUCUACCUGUCACUACGCCUGGGCGUUUCACUCUGAGGCUGAGGAGGAGCUGCUCAAUAUGCUUCCUGCCAUGCAGAAAGGAGAGCCCGCCUGGCCUGAGCUCAGAGGUAUGGGUGUGGGCUGGUGGCUGAGAAGCACCAAUAAGCUUCGCAGAUGCAUUGAGAAGGUGGCAAAAGCAUCUUUUCAGAGGAACAAUGAUCCCUUGGAUGCAGCCCUGUUCUAUUUAGCUAUGAAAAAGAAAGCUGUGGUUUGGGGACUUUACAGGUCCCAUAAGAAUGUGAAGAUGACAGCCUUCUUCAGUAACAACUUUAAUGAGGACCGAUGGAGGAAGGCUGCCUUAAAGAAUGCGUUCUCUCUGCUUGGAAAGCAGCGGUUUCAGCACUCGGCCGCCUUCUUUCUGCUGGCAGGCUCCCUCAAGGAUGCUGUUGAGGUUUGCCUGGAGAAGAUGCAGGACCUCCAGUUGGCCUUGGUCAUUAGCAGAUUGUAUGAGUCUGAGUUUGAGACAUCUUCCACCUAUAAGAAAAUCCUACAGAGGUAUGUGUUGGGUCAGGACCACCAGAUCCCAAUGCAUCAGGAUCCAUUUCUGCGUAGUAUGGCAUACUGGGUUCUAGAUGAUUACAGUAGAGCCUUGGAUACUUUGCUGGAGCAGCCCAACCCAAAUGUUGACGCUUUAAACCAAGGAACCACUGCCGUUUCUCCUUGCAAUCCAGAGGUUUUCAACUUCUACACCUACCUCAGAACUCACCCGCUACUGCUUCGCCGCCAUUUCGGCUCCUCAGACAAAGCUAAGGUGGGAUUGACUGCGGAAGGUCGCAUGGCUGACUCCGUUAGCCUCAUCGAGAGGAGACUGUUCUUCACAGCUGCUUAUGCUCACUUACAAGCCGGUUGCCCCAUGCUAGCUCUAGAAGUCCUCUCCAAAAUGCCCAAAGUUGUCAAGAGAUCUAAGCUGCUGCUCACUCUAGAGAAGCCUUCACCUUCUUUUAGUGGUUCCGGCAACUCAGCUGGCCAGAAUGGCAAAGACCAGGCCUCUGCACUGGACUGGUCCCAGCCUAUGCUUAAUGGGCUCGAGUCCAUUUCAGACACCUUCUCCUCUCCCAGAGAAGACCACAGCCAGUCAGACUCUGUGCUGAGCUUCGACUGGAGCCAGCCGUCUAUGACCCUGCAGGAUGAACCAUUGGAUUUGAAGUGGGACAGUGACAAGGAGGACUCUGAAGAUGAAGAAGCUGGACUAGCCAUGAAAAACAUCAAACCGGAAGAUUCCACCGUCAUUCCUGACUGUGCUGACUCUACCUCUGCUUCCACAGAUGUGGUGGACAGCUCCCUGCUUCUCUCUGAAGACAUCCUGGCUGCCCGCCUCAAGUUUAGCUCUUGUCUGAAGAUACUCACUGCUGAGCUGCGGACGCUUUCCACAGGGUACGAGCUUGACGGGGGCAAGCUGCGCCACCAGCUGUGCCAUUGGUUGGAGCGGGAGGUGGUCGCCCUUCAGAGGUGCUGCGGUUACAACCCUUGCCUCCACCAGCUUGUUGGCGGCAUUUCGGCUGACCUCAGUCAGGUUGGUGGUAGUGAAGAUGAGCAGGAGGCCCAAGGGGCAGCUGAGCAGGCCAGAGCAGUGCAGCACAGACGCAGACUCUGGCUGAAGAGGAACCAGCCUCUGCUACGCAUCUUCCUCAGCUAUUGCAGCCUGCAUGGCUCCCAUGGGGGAGGGCUGGCCUCUGUUAGGAUGGAGCUCAUUCUGCUGUUGCAGGAAUCCCAGCAGGAUGACAGUCCUCAGCUUCCUGUUCAGCAGCAAGCCUUAGUUCCUCUCCUGCUGGCCUGCACAGCCAGCUCCAAAACGGUUGUGGCCAAUCCCAUAGUUCAUCUGACCAACCUGACACAUGACAUCUUGCACAUCAUUAAUGCACUGGACUCCCCUCCCCACCCAGAUGUCAUUAACAAUGAGAUCUACGUGAUGCACACGCUGGCAGCCUCCCUGUCCGCCUGCAUCUAUCAGUGCCUCUGCGACAGCCACAAUUACAGUCAUAUCAACCAGUUCACAGGAACAGUGUACCAAAGCAUCCUCCUUUCCCAUCAGCACCCUGUGCGAACCAUCAGCAUGGAUGAAGCUGUCCUUCCCAACACCUCACCAGCACAGUGGCCUGGUAUCAGUGCUUUAGUUCGCCUCCUGAGCGCCGCGGGAGAGGAGAACCAGCCGAGUUUGGGGGUGCUGCUUUGUGAGAUCCUCACUGCCGUCUACCUCAGCUUGUUUGUGCAUGGCUUGGCCACCCACUCCAGCAACGAGCUCUUCCGCAUUGUGGCCCACCCACUCAACAGCAAGUUGUGGGUGGCUGUGUUUGGUGGUGGAGCUCGCAUUCCUGUGGUGGACAAAGCCAGUACACCUCCAGCCAUGGCAGAGAACCAAGAGCGGAAGCAGAGGCGCUUUAGGAUGCUUUCUUCCAGAAGCAGCUCCAGGGAGGUGCCAGACAGCCCUGCCAGCCCCAGCCCCAGCCCCAUAGUAGAGCAGGAAGCAUCUGUCUUUAAAGAGCGUUUUGUGCCCCCUGAGCUCAGCAUCUGGGACUACUUCAUUGCAAAGCCUUUCUUGCCACCAUCUGCAAGCUGCGUCGAGUAUGACUCUGAGGAAAGCCAGGAGAGCGAGGAUGAGGACGAAGAGGAAGAAGACAAAUUUGCAGAUGCAUUUGACACCAAUUCUCCACUUGAAGAACAUUCCAGCAACAACUCGUACAGCUGGUGUUUGAUGCGUUUGGCCAUGGUGCAGCUGGUGCUGGUUAACUUGAAGUCGUUCUAUCCCAUGGCUGGCCAUGACUUACUGGAUCUGCCUGUGUGCUCCCCUCUGUGCCACUCUGUACUGAAGACUCUACAGCGUUGGGAACAGGUGUUACUAAAGCGACUGGAGAUUUUUGGAGGCCCUCCAUCUCAAUAUAUUUCUACACAGCCUACGGACGACACCAUGGCAUCCGGCCCUGCUCUUCUCAGACACAAGGCUUUGUUCGAGCCCUCAAAUACACCUUUCAGGUCCCGGCAUCAUUCUGCUCUUCCUGUUAAGAGACUGUGGCAAUAUCUGGUUAAACAGGAGGAGGUCCAGGAGACUUUCAUCCGCAACAUCUUCACCAAGAAGCGAGAUCAGAACGAGUCGGUUGAGGACUGCACUGACAGUAUGAAAUAUUCAGUGAUGGAGGAGCCGGGCCUCAAUCAGAUUGAGGCAGAUCUGGGUUACCCUGGAGGAAAAGCGCGCAUCAUCCACAAGGAAUCUGACAUCAUCACGGCCUUUGCCAUCAACAAGGCCAAUCGUAACUGCUUAGUAAUCGCCUCCACCCACGACAUCCAGGAGCUGGACGUAUCCUCCAUCCUGGCCACUCAAAUACUGACGUGGGUUGAUGAUGAGGCAGAGACGGAGGUGAAAGGAGGCGACGACUUCUUGGUGGUCCAUGCCCGGGACGACUUCAGCACUUUGCAUGGCACCACGCCCUACACCAACAGCAGCCCUGGUACUCCCAUUAACAUGCCAUGGUUGGGCAGCCUCCAGACAGGCAGAGGAGCUGCCAUGCUUAUCAAACGGAACAUUAACAACGUGAGGAGGAUGACGUCCCACCCUACCCUUCCGUACUACCUAACUGGAGCUCAGGAUGGCAGCGUGAGGAUGUUUGAGUGGGGCCAUUCCCAGCAGAUCACCUGCUUCCGGAGCCCUGGCAACUCCAGGGUUACUAGGAUUAGAUUUAACUAUCAAGGGAAUAAGUUUGGUAUUGUUGAUGCUGAUGGAGCACUUAGUCUCUGGCAGACAAAUACAUCUGGAAACACGCCAAAACCAUACCUGACUUUGCAGUGCCAUAAUAAAACGGCUCACGACUUUGUGUUUGUGGGUUCCUCCUCUCUCAUUGCCACUGCAGGCCUUUCCACGGAUAACAGAAAUGUAUGUGUGUGGGAUACUCUGGUGCCUCCGACUAACAGCUUGGUUCACGGCUUCAGCUGCCACGAGUCUGGCGCCACUGUGCUGGCUUUAGCUCCUAAGCAGCAGCUCCUGAUCAGUGGCGGGAGGAAGGGCUGGAUCAGUGUGCUGGAUCUCACCCAGAAGCUUCAGCGCCAGAGCUUCCAGGCCCACGACUCGCCUGUCAAAGCUCUGGCCGUGGACGCCACCGAAGGCUACUUCAUCAGUGGCUCAGCUGAAGGCAACAUUAAGGUAUGGAGCAUGUCCACCCAGUUCCUGUUGCACACCUUCCCAAAUGAGCACGCCCGGCAGUCACUCUUUCGGAACCUGGGCACAGGUGUCAUGCAAAUUGAGAGCGCUCCGGGCAAUCACGUCUUCUCCUGCGGGGCUGAUGGCACCAUGAAAAUGCGGGUUCUCCCUGAUUGCUUCCGCACGUACAGCAACAAUAUGAAGAACGACGUCAGGUUCAUCAUGUAGCACAUUGUCAAGCAUGGAACCACUUUUGCACAUGGUAAGACGAGCAAUAUGAGGCACUGGG